GCAGUUGAGCUGUUGUGUGUUUGUCUCUGUAUUCAUGCAGUAAAAUGGCAGAUGCUAGAAUUUUCCAGGCUGAGUUCACAUGUCCAGCUUGUCAGGAUCUCCUGCAUGAUCCAGUGGCCAUUCCCUGUGGACACAGUUACUGUAAGAUCUGUAUUACAGACUGCUGGGAUCAGGAGGAUCAGAAGGGAGUCUACAGCUGUCCUCAGUGCAGACAGACCUUCAGUCCAAGACCUGCUUUAGCUAAAAUCACUGUGCUGGCUGAAGUGGUGGAGAAACUGAAGAAGACCAGACUCUCUGAUGACUGUUACGCUGGAGCUGGAGAUGUGCAGUGUGACGUCUGUACUGGAAGAAAAUACAAAGCUGUCAAGUCCUGUCUGGUGUGUCUGAACUCUUACUGUCAGAAUCACCUCGAACAACAUGAGAGUUUAUUUAAAGGAAAGAAACACAAAGUGACUGAAGCCACUGGACGACUGCAGGAGAUGAUCUGCCAGAAACAUCAGAAGCUUCUUGAAGUUUUCUGUCGCACUGACCAGAAAUGUAUAUGUGUGCUCUGUGCGAUGGAUGAACAUAAAGACCACAGCACUGUAUCAGCUGCAGCACAGAUGACAGAGACACAGCACCAGCUGAAAGAGAAGCACAAGACGUUCCAGCAGAGACUCCAGCAGAGAGAGAAAGAUCUCCAGCAGCUGAGAGAGACUGUGGAGUCUCAUAAGCGCUCUGCACAGACAGCAGUGGAGGACAGUGAGAGGAUCUUUACUGAGCUCAUCCGCUCCAUUGAGAGAAGCCGCUCUGAGCUGAAACGACUGAUCAGAGAUCAGGAAAAGACUGCAGUGAGUCGAGCUGAAGAACGACUGGAGCGACUGCAGCAGGAGAUCAAUGAUCUGAGGAGGAGAGACGCUGAGCUGGAGCAGCUUUCACACACACAGGAUCACAUCCAGUUCCUGCAGAGUUUCCAGUCUCUCUCAGCACCUCCUGAAUCUACAGACGUAAAUGAUGAUCUCUUCAGUUCUCUCGUCUCUUCUGAUGCUCUGAGAGAAUCUGUCCAUCAGCUGAGAGACAAACUGGAGGAUUUCUGCAAAGAGCAGCUCAAGAAGAUCUCAGACAGAGUUGCUGGUGCUACAGGUCCCUCUGUGUGCUACAACCUGUCUCCAGCAUAUCCUCAGAUUUCAUCCAAGAAAACUGAUCUGAUAGCUCCUUCUACAGCAAAGGUGACAUCUGUAGAGGAGCUCAAAGGCUCUGCUCCAGUGGCUCCUCCAGCCAAAGUGUUUUCUUUUGGACUGUCUGGAGAUCCUGCUAAGAACACCACCAGUGUUGAUGUCAGCUUGAAGGGCUUCACAUUUGGAUCUAUGAAAACAGUGUCUUCUGGGUUUAGAUUGAAGGAUGCUGUGGUUAUAUCUGCUGGCUCUGGAGCUCAGGCAGAGAAGAAAACUAUUCAGACCGAUGCACCACAACAGAAGAAUGUGUCAGCAGCUCCAGUGGUCCCAUGUAAUACUGCCCCCUGCAGCACUGAAACAAAAAGGGAUGCAACGCUGCAAGAAGGGUUAUUUUUGGUUAAAAAAGAUGGACAGGAGGAUUUCCUGGGAGGAAAUAAGGCUACAUCUAGUCACAGCAUUUUGUGUCAGACGGCAAAACCAAACAUGAAAAACAAGACCUCUGCUGCUCCGUCAAGCUUCUCUUUUACCUCCAGUUUUGGGUCUAUCUUCCAACCUGCUGCGACAGCAUUUAAAGACAAUCCAGGCAAUGCUCUUAGGUCCAGUACAAUAACUGAUAAAGCAUCCUUAGAAGGCUUCAAGAUUGAGUCCUCUACAACUGAGGCUGAAAAGUCAUCAAGCGGUUCAACAUUUUCAUUUUCCAUGCCAGUGUCCGGUGGUGUAUUCAACUCUGGUAUUUCAAAAUCUGAGGUAAAAACAUCAGACAAACAAUCACAAAAUGGAUCUACAUCAGACUUUCUGAAAAAUGUUGCUGUAGUUCACAAAGAGGAAAAAAAAGAAGCAGCCCCAAGUUCCUCAGAUCAGUCUGUAGAUGCUUGCCGUCAUGAUAAUAGUCCGCUCAAUACCGAUCAAGGUUCUGAAGGUGCAUUAAGGAAUCUGAAGGGAAAGCCUUACGUGGAUGGAGCUGAUGGAGCAUCUGAUCAUGCAGGUCUUUCUUCAGGAUUUGCAUCUGCAAGUUCGGUUUCGUUUGCAGACUUGACCAAGAGUGCAGAGGAGUUUGCAUUUGCCAAAAAAGAUCCUCAUUUUACUUGGUCAAACGCCGGAGCCAAAGUUUUUGGUUGUGCAGUGACACAAAAUGAAGAGAAAGAGGAGGGCUGUGAUGAUGAUAAUGACGAGAUCCACUUUGAGCCAAUCGUGUCUCUGCCUGAGGUGGAGGUGAAGUCCGGUGAGGAGGACGAAGAGAUCCUGUUCAAAGAAAGAGCCAAACUGUACCGUUGGGAUCGUGAGCUCAAUCAGUGGAAGGAGCGUGGCGUUGGAGACAUUAAGAUCCUCUUCCACCCCGUGAAAAAGCGCUACCGUGUGGUGAUGAGACGUGAGCAGGUGCUAAACGUCUGCGCCAACCACACCAUCACCCAGAGCAUCACGCUCAAGCCCAUGAACACCUCGGCUAACGCACUGGUGUGGACCGCCAACGACUACUCUGAAGGAGUGGAGAAAGUCGAGCAGCUUGCGGCCAAGUUCAAGACUCAAGAGCUGGCCGAGUCCUUCAGACGAGUGUUCACAGACUGCCAGAGCUGCAUGUCGCAGACUGAUGCUGCUCAGACGUCUGCCACCGAGGCGCUUUCCCAAGAGUCCAACCCUGUGGUGUUCUUCAACAUCAGCAUAGAUGGUGAGGAUGCUGGGAGGAUCAUCAUGGAGCUCUUCGCUCACAUUGUCCCCAAAACGGCGGAGAACUUCCGGGCUCUGUGUACGAGAGAGAAGGGCUUCGGCUACCACCAGUCUGUCUUCCACAGGAUCAUCCCUGGCCUCAUGUGUCAGGGUGGAGAUAUCACCAACCAGGAUGGGACGGGAGGAAAAUCCAUCUACGGAAGUAAGUUUGAAGACGAGAGCUUUGAUGUGAGGCACACAGGGCCAGGGCUGCUCUCCAUGGCCAACCGUGGCAGAGAUACCAACAACUCACAGUUCUUCAUCAUCCUCAAGAAAGCAGAGCACUUGGACUUCAAGCACGUGGCCUUCGGCUUUAUCAAAGAGGGCAUGGAUGUGGUGAGGAGAAUCUGCAAGCUGGGCACUAAAGAUGGGAAACCCACGAAAACUAUCACCAUCUCAAAGUGUGGACAGAUUAAGUGAAUUUUUCUAUGCAAACAACUGUUCAUCAUGUUUGAGAUUGUUUUAAUAAACUGCACAGCAUUAGUUGACAGUGAAACUUAUGCUUUGCAAAAAAAAAAAACUAACGCUUUUGAUUAGAGCCCACAAUUUACAGCACAAGUAAAAAGAAAUAACUUCGUAGCUUUUUUUUUUUAAACCACAGUUUACCUAUACAAGACACUUUAAAAUGUGAAUGAAAUAAAAUGUGGCUCCGCAUUUGUCCCAUUCAAAGUGCACACACAGUAGUGAACACACACCUGGAGCAGUGGGAACAUUUAUGCUGCGGUGCCCAGGGAGCAGUUGGGGGUUUGGUGCUUUUCUCAAGGACACCUCAGUCAUUGUAUUAAAGGUGGGAGAGAGCACUGUACAUUAACUCCCCGCCAGCAUGAGACUCACCUUUCAGUUAUGAGUCUAACUCUCUAACCCUUAGGCCAUGACUUAUUUUGGGGGAAAAAAGGCGUAACAACCUGGAAAAUUAGAAAUGAUUUAUACUGUAAGUAUUUUGAAACUGAGGGGCUAACUAUUCUAAUAUUAUGUGGAAUGUUAACCUACUAUGCUAAACAGCGGUUUAGUGGGUUAUUGCUUCAGUCCAAUAGCUUGGUUGAGACAGUUUGGGUUGAUAAUACUAAUAAGUAACCUCAACAAUACGGGGUUAGGAAUGUGAAGGACUCUUUUGAGUUGAGUCUAUCAUGUUUGUGGCGCUCAUGACAGAAAUAUGUGUGGAAAAUAGAAGAAAACUAAUCAAAGCAAAAAGGACUGGAGUUUUUUUUUCUCACAACACAGAGCGAUGACUGAUGAGCGGUAAAGCCCAGACCUGAACAGUUGAAAUGAUGCUUGACCAGUAAAUCAUGGUAAAACCUUGUCAAAUCGCUAAAAUACACAGUUAAUUCUAUAAAUCUAGAAUGAAAAAAAAAAGUUAUGCUGUAAAUUCUUUUUACUAUCGCUGUAAAUUGAGGGCUGCAAACUAAAGAGUUACCCCUCCCCCCCCA